GUUCAUAAUGAGUCUCUCCAAAUGUGAAUUUUCAAUGGAAUAUACCAUAAAGAAUGUCUCUAAAUUUUCCGCCGGUGAAAUUCAGUUUAGCGAUGAAACAAUUUGGCGUAAUUUAAUAUGGAAAUUGAAAAUCAGCAAGUUAGAUGAUUUUCUUGGUGUAUCCGUAUACUGUUCUCAAACUUCCAAUACCUGGAUCAAAGACUGCCAGAUUGUUGGAAUAUUGGAAUGUAAAAUAGUUUCAGACAAUGGGGAAACUCAUGAGGGAAUCAGGUUACUCAACAUGAAACCACCAAGAAAAAUUGAAGGUCCUAUGAUUGAUUUUCGAGAGUUUCUAAAAUGGGACGAAAUGAAAAAAAACUUUUUGACUGCGGAUAGUGUCAAAAUUGUAGUUAUUGUGAAUAAUUUCACAGCAUUAGAGGAUAUAGAUUUUCUUUGUGGUUUUAAAAUACUUCAUACAUUUAAACAUCUGGCCAGAUUUGAAGAAAAUGAAACACAAUUUAGUGAUUCGAAAGAAUGGGCUGGAACUUCAUGGAGGAUAUGUGUAAAAAAAGAGGAAGGAUAUCUCGGAUGUUAUUUACAGUGUGAAAGCAAUCCCAAUACAUCACUAAUUUGCGUCAGUGCAAUAUGCGAAUUGCGUAUUAAGUCCAAGGAAAACUAUGAGAUUUUCGACUUGGAUGUACUUGAAUUCAGUAGACCUACAAUGCUGGGCAACAGUAAAUUGAUGAAAUGGGAGGACCUGAUAUCAAAUUAUUUGGUUAGCGACAGUGUCACAAUAGAGGCAGAUUUGGAAGCCUAUAACGAAUUUCCAGUCAAAAACGAUUACAUGGCAAAAAAGUUUGUACUUUCACAACAAUUUUAUGAUGUGUCUCGCAUCGAAGAAGGAGAAAGUAGAUUUAGUGCAUUCGAGAAACGAUUCAAUAUUCCAUGGAGGAUAGAGUUAAAGAGAGUAUCAGGAUUUCUCGAGAUUCACCUACAUUGUGGAGAAAAUGCAACAUUUCUCUAUCAUCAAAUCGAAACAGACUGCUGGUUCAAUUUGGUAUCAACCAACGGAAAGCACUUGAUGAGACAAAUGUCUGCGGUGUUCUGCAGAGAUGUUGAUAUGGAGAGCCUGAAAAAAAGCCUGAAAAAAGUCAUUAGAUGGGACGAUAUGAUGACAGAUUAUGUAAUCAACGACAGUUUUAUCAUCGAAGCUCAUAUCGAGAUUUUGAGUAUCAUUGAAGAAGCGUGCUUUUGGCCUUAUUGGAUAACGGAAGAGGAUGCAGUAUUUCAUGAAAGAUCUUUUUAUAUAUCCUGUAAAGUUAACAAUGUUUCAAGAUUUCUAGAUGAUGAGAAGCAGUGGGGUAAUACGGAAUUACGAUAUGAAAUUCCAUGGAGAAUCCAAGCAAAAAGAACCUAUGAUUUUCUCGAAAUGUAUCUUUUUUGUGAUGGAGAAGGCAAUGGUUUAGAUCAGUUAAUAAAAACAGAAGUCACGUGCAACUUGGUUUCUACAAACGGGAACAACUUUAGACGAACAUCUAAACUCUGUUUUGAAAAGCCAGGCGGUCAAGGCAUCAUUAAAUUUAUUAAAUGGAACGACAUGAUAGAGUCUUUUCUCAAUCCGCUUGAAGACAGUUUGAUCGUCGAAGCUCAUGUUAAAAUUUUCAUGGUUGAAGAGUUUUCGCGUAGAUUUCUGCAAAACGAAAGAAGUUUUUUGAUGUCGCACACAGUGAGAGAUGUUUCAAGCGCGGAAGAAGGAAAUGUAGUUUUUAGUGCUACGGAAGAAUGGUACGAUGUUCAAUGGAGUAUUUCUAUGAAGUACAUCAAUGGAUUUGUUGAAUUACUUCUAAGUUGUGACAAAGAUCUGAACGCGCAUGAAGCAUGGAGCAUCGAAACUAAUUUUCAACUGAUACUUGUUGGAGCAAAUGGUAAAAGACUCACUGACUAUUUUGAGCAUACUUUUGAAAAGCCCGAUUCGAUUGGGGAUUCGAAACUCAUUAGAUGGGAGGACAUGUUGGAUCAGUAUGCGGUGGAGGAUAGUUUAACAGUUGAAGCACGUGUGAAUUUUACUCUGCUCAUCGAGCCUCAACCAGAGUACUCGUUCAUAAUGUGUCAUACCGUCAAAAAACUAUCAAAUGUUCGAGAAGGAGAAUUUCAUUUUAGCAAAACAGAGACGCAUUGUGAUGCUCCAUGGAGAAUUUCCUUGAAAAAAGAAGAAGCGUGUAUUUUGAUAUAUCUCCAUUGUGACAAAUUAUUAUCCAACGAUGAAAACUGGUCGAUUCAAGUCGAGGUUCAACUUGUUUUGGGGUCAGAAACUGGGAGAACUUUAACUGACAAGGUCACUCACAUUUUCAAUGAACCGGAAGGAAUUCAUUGGACUAAAGAUUUGACAUGGGAAGACCUGGAGAGAGAUUUUAUGGUUGAUGACAGCGUUAAAAUUGAAGCUCGUGUCAAGAUAGUGAAACCUGUCGAAAUUGAUAAUGAAGAUGAACAUUAGAGUUUUUGAUAACUUUGAGGAGUGAUUUGAAAUAUUAUAUUUUCAUCUGAUAAUUUUUUCCAGUAAAUGUAAUUUUCAAAAUAAAGAAAUCAUUGA